AUGCUGUUCGGCAACGAGGCCCCCUUCCAUCUGAAGCCAAUUCCGUAUCGCGGUGUCUGGAGGCACCAGGCAGAGGUUCUGCAGCAUCCUCCCGGCUAUCAGCACCCGAUCAUUCCUCUCCCGCCGUGCUCAGCAUCGAACAACACAGCAGUACGGCCAGGCACGAGCAGCACCUUGGCGCACUCGUCGCUCUCGUCUGUCUCUCCUUCCCCAGAAGCCUCGGUGAAGCCAAGCAUCACUGCUGGGACGUCAUCAUAUACAACAUCAAAGCACUGCGCUGCUGCUCCUGCACUCAACAAUGUAGUGCCACCGCACUUACUACAGCAGCAUCAGCGCCACCCGCGCAUGGACUGUGACAGCGGGCGUGGCGGGGAUGCAUUUUUAGCGGACGCGCAGCGCCUUGAUGCUGAUAUGACAGUCGACGCGGCUCUUCGUCAGGAUCGAUUGUGCAGGCGUCAAAAGCUCCGUGAGUACCAGCAGGCUCGCCACGAGCGGGCGGCGGCGCGUGAGGCGGCACUACAAGCUACCCGCAACGCGGCCAUUGAGGCAGCGCAGAGGCGACUUGCCAACGUAGCGGGCACGGCGCGCAAGAACCGUGAGCAAGACGACCGUGAUCCUAUCACUCACCAAUGCUACACAGUGGAGGCGGAGCAGAAGGUGAUGCGCCACAACGCUGAGGUGCGCACCCGCUACGCCGCACGCCAGCAGUUUCUCAGCCGGCAGAUGAACUCGACGGAGUACAACAUCCUUACAUGGAAGCUUCGAUAG